CAACUUCAAGCACAUUUAUACAUCCGGUUAAAUAUCUGUCUCAUUGUUCUAUCUGUGCGUUUCAAGAGUGAAAGUAAGAGCAGUACAGACAGACAGAUCAAGUUAAAAUAAUACGACUUUGAUCUGGUAUUUGACGACCCUCUCAUCUAAACCUGCUGUUUGUGACUACUCUGUUUAUUUUCUGUCUUGGUUGACAUCGUGACAAUAUUGUGCGAGUUGAAGAUGGAGAAGUUCUUUGCCAUUCUGACUGGGAAUACUCUGGGGUCUCAUAAGGAAAUAAAUCGCCGGCUCACUACAAAAGGUUUAACGAAGGUGAAGUCAUCGGCGGAGAGUGAUGUCAUCAUUGCUUUCUGUCCCAUUGUCUCUCGUGCCGGGACUGAUAUUGAAGCAGCACUGCAGCAGAUUCCUGCUGGUAAAUCUACCAUUUUGGUAGUACUGCAUCACACCUUCAACCCAGACUACACUGUACCUGACAGCAGCAGACUAGUGACCAGAGGUGAUGUAAAACUCACAGUGGACUGUCUCUUCCAUGAGAGCCAGGGACUAUUGGAGUGUCAUCGCAAUGAAGCAGCAGUCAAAGAGAUUGUGAACAUAAUACUGCCAAUGAAUGACUGGGAGAUUGUUGAAGCCAGUGAAGCCAGUGAAGCCCUUGAGCAUAAAAUCUUGGAGCAGGAUUUUCCAAAAGAGUUGAAGAUGGAGAAGUUCUUUGCCAUUCUGACUGGGAAUACUCUGGGGUCUCAUGAGGAAAUAAAUCGCCGGCUCACUACAAAAGGUUUAACGAAGGUGACGUCAUCGGCGGAGAGUGAUGUCAUCAUUGCUUUCUGUCCCAUUGUCUCUCGUGCCGGGACUGAUAUUGAAGCAGCACUGCAGCAGAUUCCUGCUGGUAAACCUACCAUUUUUGUAGUGAAGCAUCACACCUUCAACCCAGACUACACUGUACCUGACAGCAGCAGACUAGUGACCAGAGAGGAUGUAAAACUCACAGUGGACUGUCUCUUCCAUGAGAGCCAGGGACUAUUGGAGUGUCUUCACAAUGAAGCAGCAUUCAAAGAGAUUGUGAACAUAAUACUGCCAAUGAAUGACUGGGAGAUUGUUGAAGCCAGUGAAGCCAGUGAAGCCCUUGAGCAUAAAAUCUUGGUGCAGGAUUCUCCAAAAGCUGGUAAACCUGUCAUUCUGGUAGUACUGCAUCACACCUUCAACCCAGACUACACUGUACCUGACAGCAGCAGACUAGUGACCAGAGAGGAUGUAAUACUCACAGUGGACUGUCUCUUCCAUGAGAGCCAGGGACUAUUGGAGUGUCAUCGCAAUGAAGCAGCAGUCAAAGAGAUUCUGAAGAAGCUUAAUAUACAUCCUGAGAUUGCAGUUUCUCCCGUUGACCCUUGUAUCAUCUGGCGGUUGGCAAAAGAUUGGUUGGCCAGAGUGACUGAGUCUUACAUCAACCACUGCAACAGUUGAAGCGCCUGUUUGCAAUCACGAAGUGCAACAUUAAGAUGAAGCACAUUGCUCCCCAGCCUUUAAGAUAUAAUAAUGAGCGAAUAAGUGGAUUGAAGUCUGAUUUUGAAAAAUGUCUAUUCAUAGUCAAAACAUUUGACAAUUUAACCCUAGAAAUAUAACUAACUAUAAGCGUUAGAAUAUGCACUUAUAGCCUAAGUGAGUCUAGAACAACUAAAGUGUGUUUUGUCAAAAUUGCUUAAUAAUUAACUCCAUUAAUGUGGAUAAGUAUAAAGAUAAUGUAAUAUAAUGCUUGAGACAACUUUUGAUGGGAGUAUAAAUAAAUAUACACUACCUGCCAACAGUUUUAGAACACCUACAUUCAAGGGUUUUUCAAUAUUUUUACUAUUUUCUACAUUGUAGAUUAA